AUGCUGGAACUCAACUGUUCAUCCGAUGACGUCCACCAACUAAUAUGGCGGCUGUCUGCAGUGAACUGCGCAUGCAGCUACGAAUACCAGGAAACUGUCCAUUGUCAAUAUGUUGUAAGUGGUAUAGAGCCUCCUAUUUCCGCAAUUACUGUUGGCACAAAAUUCAUGAGCUACCACGCUCUCGAAAAACAGGAAAGCAAUUCAUCCAACAAGGGAACGAGUACCUGUGUUGGUGGACGAGCCGUUGAGCAAUUGCGUCCUGCACCUGGCCAGCAAGAUGGAGCUGUGCGCAAGUCCUGCGCCUUUAUCUCUGUCCCGGGAACUUUGGACGGUCAACCCUGUCUCCGUAUCAGGAUAAGCGAGCUUGCAGCAGUACAAUCCGAGGAGGCGAUUGUGUACCCUGAGUUCCUAGAGGAAAGGUCCGACAGUGGCGUCCGAACACUCAAGAUCAAGGACGACCUGACGCUGAGCUUAGUGCAGAAGUCGCCGUUUCCUGAACGCCUCCACCUUCGAACGCCCCAACAGGAUGGUUCGGUACUCAACACUUAUGUUUCGUCGUCGCUGUACUCGUCCAAGUUGUUCCAGGAUGAGGACAACUUCGCAUCCCUCGUGGUGACCGACGACAACGGCCUUCAUUUGCAAGGCAUGAUUCGCGAUGAUUUGCGCAUCGAACCUCUGCCCACCGCUGAGCGCUCCUCAGAAGGUCUUGUAGCCCACAGGCUGUACAAGGUGGAAGAAGUGCGUUCUGACACUCCGAUUUACCAGUACGUUUCAGCGCCCGCUUCUAAUAGAGCAGCCCACAGCCUCGACAAGAUGAUUGAGGGCCGAAUAGACAAACGCUUUGCCCGACCAGAAACGCACAUCGUAGUGGACAGCGUCCUAUUUGCAGAGUUCGCAAAGAAUGAGACAGACGUAAUUUUGUACUUGGGAGCAGCUGUCAACGCCGUCAACCUGAGGUACAAGACAGUGAAGACCCUGGACGUUGAAAUUGUCGCCGUUGGGUUUACGUUUUAUGAAAACGGCAACGAGGAAAGGCACUUCUUGAAGUUUGUGCAAGGUGCAAGCUGGGACCAGCAGUAUGGCGUCAUGGGAACAACGCUUAUCGCAUUCAUGUAUUUUUACAAGAACAACCACCCCGACACAUUUUAUGGAGCGGAUUUGCUUUCCUUUGUCACAGGGCGAGAUAUGUGCGCUCUUGAAGGAAACAGGUUCACUUGUGCCGUGACGGGUCUCGGGUAUACAGGAGGUGUAUGUAGCGAUGCAAGGGUGUCUCUGAUUGAAGACACGGCCUGGUCUUUCAGAUUAGUGCGAGGUUUGGCGCACGAAUUGGCUCACAGUCUCGGGUGUGUCCACGAUGGCCAGAGACCUGCUACGUUCAUGGAAGGGCAUCCAGGUGCGGAAAGAUGUCAUUGGAGAGAUGGCUACCUGAUGAGCUACAUAAGAGAGAACAACCGACAGUUCGAAUUUUCCCGCUGCUGCGCCGAGCAAAUAUACUAUGUUUCGCAACGCGAAGACAAGCUAUGCCUGUUCUACAACAACACCGGGAAAAGCGAUCGUGUUGAAACUGACGCUCUACCAGGAGAGCCGCUCUACCGGCGACUGUCGCUGGAUAGACUUUGUCAACUUGCCUUCAGGGACAACACCUAUAUGUUCAAUAAGGAAGCUGGCUUUUCUGGAAAUGGAUGUAAGGUCCCUUGUAGAAGCAGACAAUUCAUUUGGGGGCUCAAUACGUCCUGGAGGAGUGGAGAAGCAGACAGACACGACGGUUCCCCUUGUGACAGUAAGGACAAAAAUAAGCGGUGCAUUCGAGGAGAAUGUCAACUGCACAAACCCUGCAAGAAAUGCCACAACCGUCAAUCACAACCGGAAGCUCCACCAGCAAGAAGGAAACAAUAAACUUCAUUUCUUGUUUGA